AUGAAAGCUGAGUUGUGCCAGCUCUUGCUUCUACUGCUGCUGUUGGACCAAGCUUCUAUCACACGGGCCUUGAAGUGUCAUGAGUGUAUAGGGAUUGGUGACUGCCUGAAGCCUACAGAUUGUAACAAUCUAACAAGAUAUUGCUUAAACACGUGGGAUACUCCUUUAGGUGAGAAGACUUGGGUCAUCAAGUCUUGUGCUUACAGCUGUCCACCUGCCCUAGAAGAAUACGGUACUUCCCCAGCUACCUGUUGUAGGACAGAUCUCUGUAACAGUGCCCUGAACAUUAGUCUCAAUGGGUUUCUUCUCAUCGCCUGCCUGUGGGCUGGUGUCUCUGCAGCUUUGUCAUCAGCUGGUCUGUGGUAGGCUGGUCUUAGCCUUGGAAAAAGCACAAUCCACUCUCUUCAGCACAUGGGAACACACAUACCACUUUGGAUCUUGGGAAGAUUACAGUUCCUCUAUAACAUUGGUCCCAACAAGUUCAUGCUGCUGGAUGAUGUCAAGAAAUUGCUGAGUUAUUCCUCAAUUCUCUCUCCUUUAUUGGAUAGUUGCAAAACUCAAGGUGGACUUCAUUCCUGCACCUUCUGUUGUCCUAUUCUCUUGACUAGCUCACAAUGAGAUAGACAUCUCCCUUAAAAAGUAAGAAAGAAUGGACACAAAAGAGACAGAAGCAACUUCAAGGUUACAUAUCUCUCAUCAUCAAGAGAGAGCUUUGAAGGUCCUUCAUCUCCCCAAAGGCCCUCAGCUGAGCUUCUGAGACUUUCACUUCUUGUUUCUGAGAAACCAUGCCUUUGGUGGCCACGUCAUAUCUCUGGCUCAUAUUGAGCUUAAAGUUCUUGACAACCUCCAGAUCUUUUCUUCAGAAAAUGCUAUCUUGUUUUAAAAUGAAGUACUAGAGCAGAACCUAUUAUGUUUCAGUUGAAGUUUUUUAAAAAGGGAAGCAAUUAUGAUUUUAAAUAAAGCAAAAGCAAAAUUAAGCCUAAUUAAAAGAAAUGGUUGGAGAAAUUACAUUUUGCUAAAAGGCAUUAUAGACAAUGAAGUAAUAUAAAAAUUUUACAACAAUUUCUCUGAUAAAAGUUUCAUUCUCAAAUAUGUAAGAAAAUGAAUCAAAUUUAUAAAAAUAAGAUGCAUAUCUCCAGUUAAUAAAUGAUCAAAGUAUAUGAAUAGGCAGUUAAAAAAAAGAAAUAAAAGCUAUUUAUAAUUAUAUGAAAAAUGCUCUAAAGUAGUAUUAGGGAAACAAAUAAAAAAACCCUGAGGUGCCAUCUCAUAUCCAACAGAAAUGUCAAAUGUUGGACAGUAUAAGAACUAUAGGUACACUUAUAAACUGUUGGUGGAAUUAAGAACUGAUUUAACCAUCCUAGAGAGCAACUUCUAACUAUGCCCAAAGGGCUAUAAAACUGUAUACUUUGACCCAAUGCAACUACUAUGUCUGUAUUCAAAAGAGAUCAAAGAAAAAGGAAAAGAACUUCUAUAUACAAAAAUAUUUAUAGCAGUUCUUUUUGUAGUGGCAAAGCAUUAGAAAUUGAGGGGAUGCUUAUUCUUUGGGGAAUUAACAAACUGGCUUAUAAUCAUGAUAGAGCUCUAUUAUGUUAUAAGAAAUGACCAAGGGUGUGACUUUAGGAAAAAAAAACAAAACAAUAACAAAACUUUGCAAGAUCUAUGUGAACUGAUGCAAAGUGAAGUGAGAAGAACUGGGAGAUCCUUGUGCACAAUAACUGCAAUGUUAUAAUGAUGAUCAACUAUAAUUAGUGCAAUGAACUGAUGAACUCUAAAUACCAAUUGGAAUAUAUUUUUUUCAGCCAUAUUUAUUUAUUUAUUUAUUUAAACACCCCUCUCCCCCUUUUUGGUUGUGAGAUGGCUAAUGUGGAAUAUGUUUUGCAUAAUUUCACAUUUAAUUGAUAUCAAUUUGUUUGUCUGUUUAGUGGGUAGAGGAGUGGUGAGGAGAGAGAAAAUUUAGAGAUCAAAAUUUAAAAAGAAAAGAAUGUUAAAAAUAAAGAAAUAAAUUUUAAAAAGAAAA